AUGGCCGCGAAAUCAGGCUUGGCUGCUGGCAUCAACAAGGGUCACACGUUGAACGUGCGCCAACCCAAGGCACUUAAGUCUUCUUAUUCUGCUAAGAAGCAUCUCGCCCGUGAGGUCGCCCGUGAGGUUUGCGGAUUUGCUCCCUAUGAGCGCCAUAUGAUGGAGUUGAUCAAGAUCGGCUCUGCUGCUAGCUUCAAGCGUGCUCUCAAGUACGGCAAGAAGCGUUUGGGCACCCACAAGAGAGCUAAGGCGAAGCGUGAGGAGCUCCAGGCUGACAUCAUGGCCCAGCGUAAGAAGGCUCACGCCGCCCACGCCCAUCACUAA